AUGGUCCCGGAUGUUGGAUUUUCGUCCUCUCGCUUUGGUGCGAAAACACCGCCAUGUGAAGGCAUUCUCUCAUCCGAUGUACCGUGGCAACGACGUGCCGUCAGCAAUAUGGACCGGAAGGCCAAUUCGACUAUGCAUCCGUUAUUGGUUGCCGCGGACCACUUGAAUCGUCUCCUGUCUGACCAGUUCUCUCCGCAAUCGGAUAAGCAGCCUGCCUUGCAUAGCCCGACAGUCACGUUACCUACGAUUAUGAUCAAUCAGUGCUUGCCAAGGGGUCUCAGCACGGUGAGCGCACAUUUGGGGAAGGACAUUUUCAUGGUUGCCGGUUUGUUAUUGGUGAUUGGUGGAUCUUUGUAUUCCAGUGUUCGUGCCACAAUGCAAGCUCGACGCAUGGGGAUUCGUACACAUCGUGAGCGACUGGCAUGGGAUCGAAACCCCAUGUUCAGUCGCACGAGUCCAAACACAAGUUGUUCCGUCCGAUUCGGAUUGCUUGCAUCCCCGUUACCACAUGAGCUCCAAAUCCUUGAAAUCUUGGGUUUCUACUACUGGCUUCACAAACUGUUGAAGGAACGAUGA